AUGAUUCCCGACAGAGCACCGAUCCGUGUCGCCAUCUCUGGCGGCGGCCUUGCCGGCGCCUCGCUCAUCCGGGCGCUGCUCAAGUACCCGCACAUUGACGUGCACAUCUUCGAGUCGAGCGCCGCAUUCAAAGAGGCCGGGAUGGCCGUCGGCGUGACCCGCAACGCCCUCGCCGCUCUCGAUCUCAUGGGCUCCUCCGCCGCCCAGUGCCUGGAGCGGGCAGGCGCCGUUGCCAUGCGGGGCGUACGUAUGUUGCUCGCCGAGGGCGCCGGCGCCGGGAGUGUGAUCGACGAGGUCGACUACACGACGUCGGGAGGCCAACGGCUCACGAGCAUCGUCCAUCGUGCCGACUUUCUGCGCGAACUGCUGGCCGACGUGCCCCAGGAGCGCAUGCACGCUUCCAAGAAGCUCGACCGCGUCGAGGAAGGCCCGGGCCCGUCCAUCACACUCCAUUUCGCCGAUGGGACCACCCACGAGUGCGACAUCCUGGUGGGCGCCGACGGCAUCCACAGCACGGUCCGGAAGCUCGUGCUCGGCGCGGACGACCCGGCCGACGCCGUCAACUUUGAUAAUCCUUACGAGCACGUUUGGGUGGGCCGCGGAUCUUUCCUGAUACACAACCUGCUGGGCAACGGCCAGCUGGUGCAGUUCGUCAUUGCGGCGAAGGAAGACGAAGCCGAGGGAUCCGACCGUUGGGUGCGGACCGUGAGCGCCGAGGAAAUCAGAAAGACGUACCAGAACUGGCCGCCGCAUCUUGUCAAGGCCGUCGACUCGCUGCUCUGCCAGCAGCCGGAACACCCAGCGAUGUAUCUGUGGGAGCACCACAUCCCCGCCCGCACCUACGUCUCGGGCCCGAUGGCCAUCAUGGGCGACGCCGCCCACGCCACCACGCCGUGGCAGAGCUCCGGCGGCGGCAUGUCGCUCGAGGACAGUCUCGUGCUAUCCACGCUGCUGGGCCACGCGACGACCCCGGCCGAGGCCCGACUGGCCCUCCAGGCCUACGACCAGGUCCGCCGGCCGCGCACCCAGCGCAUAGUCGAGUCGAGCCGGGUCACGGGUGCCAUCCUGACUGGUGCUGAUGGCCUAGCCCAGCCGUAUGUCAAGGAGCCGGGCCCCUUGUUGCGCAGGUGGGACUUUAUCAUUGAUCUGGACGUGGAGCAGCACAAGCAAGCGAUAGGACGAAUGCUUCACUCGAGUAUUAACCGUGUAUUGGAAGACAGAAGACAUGCAUCGUAG